UUGUCAACCUUAAACACUCCAGAAGCUAGACUGGGAAGAUGAUCAUGUAGAAUGACUUCAUAGAAGAGCCUAUAUAAGCUAAAGGAAGUAGGUUACUGCAGAGUUUGGAUAUUAAUCCAAGGAACUACAGACUCAGUAUUUUAAAAAGUGUCACAACAAUGUCCCAGCCAGCUCCUGUGAAAAAGAAACGUCCUCCAGUAAAAGAAGAAGAUCUCAAAGGAGCCAGAGGAAAACUGUCUAGCCAACAAGAAAUCAAAUCCAAAACCUAUCAAGUCAUGAGGCCGUGUGAGCAAGCUGGCUCUGCUGCGCCAUCUGUCUUCAGCCGAGAAUGCACCGGAGGAGAAACCGUCUUUGACAAACCAAAAUCAGAGCCUACAAAAAGUGUUUUUGGCUGACAGCCAUGAAUAUUCCCAUCAUCCUUCACUGCUUGUCUUGUUUCCCUAUAUAUCAGUUUGGUUAACAAAAAAUGCCCUAGGAUUCUUCCUUUUAAAGUUAAUGACCCAGUUCUAAUUAUAAUUAUUGUGUAAAAGAAAAUAAAGCUAGAUGAUUUUUGACUUUU